AUCCACCGCGGCAGCCUGCCGGACCCGAAGGACGACGCGGACCGGGACGAGUGCAAGCAGGAGCCCGAGGCCGUCCACGAGACCAACUGCCACUGGGACGGCUGCAGCAGAGAGUACGACGCGCCGGAGCAGCUGGUCCACCACAUCAAUAAUGACCACAUCCACGGAGAGAAGAAGGAGUUCGUGUGCCGCUGGGAGGAGUGUUCGCGGGAGCAGAAGCCCUUCAAAGCUCAGUACAUGCUGGUGGUUCACAUGCGCCGGCACACGGGGGAGAAACCACACAAGUGCACGUUCGAGGGCUGCUCAAAGGCCUACUCCCGCCUGGAGAACCUCAAAACUCAUCUGCGCUCGCACACCGGAGAGAAACCGUACGUCUGCGAGCACGAAGGCUGCAACAAGGCCUUCUCCAACGCCUCGGACCGAGCCAAGCACCAGAACCGGACGCACUCCAACGAGAAACCCUACGUCUGUAAGAUCCCCGGUUGUACGAAGCGCUACACGGAUCCCAGCUCCCUCAGGAAGCACGUGAAGACGGUCCACGGCCCCGAGGCCCACGUCACCAAGAAGCAGCGCGGCGACCUGCCGCCGAGGCCGCCGGCGCCGAGGGAGAACGGCGAGAACGAGGCGGGGCACCGAGACCGGAUCCACAGGGAGGACAAGAUGUCGGACAACAGCUCCCCCAGAGGCGUGGAGGACUACCUGCACGUCAAGUCCAUCAAGACGGAGACCUCUGUGAUGUAUCAGUCCAGCCCUGGCGGUCAGUCAUCAUGUAGCAGCGAACCAUCACCACUUGGCAGUGCCACCAACAAUGACAGUGGAGUAGAGAUGGCGGCGCACAGCGGGGGAAGCCUGGGGGACCUCAGCGCCCUGGACGACCCACCUUUCGCGGAGUCCUCGGGGUGGGACGAAUCCACCGGCGGGGGCGCGGCCAUGGGUCUCCACUUCCGAAAGCGGUUCGGCAUCAGCCGGCGCCUGGAGCAUCUGAAGAAGGAGAGGCUGAACAUGGUGAGGGACUCGUGUCGGUGGGCCGGCAACCCGACGGCCCCGGUCCUCGGCACCAAGCUCCCACCCAUACUGGCAAACGGGUCCCUCCUCGAGAGUGUGGGUGGUGGUCCGGUGUCCUUCCCUGGUUCCGGCUUUGGUGAUCUGAGCUCCGGUAAAACGACUCUGCUGGAAACUCUUUCAACACGCCGUGACAGCACCUCCAGCACCCUGAGCUCAGUUUACACCCUCAGCCGCCGCUCUUCAGGCAUCUCCCCUUGCUACUCUAGUCGACGCUCGAGCCAGGCCUCGCAGUUCGGCGCCAACCGCCCCAGCAACCUCAGCUCCGCCGACUCCUAUGACCCCAUCUCUGCCGACAUGUCCCGGCGCUCAAGUCAGACCAGCCAGUGUGGCGGAGGAGCGGGAGGGUACGGAGGAGGGGGCUUUCCCGGCCCUCUCAGCCUGACCCCAGCACAGCACUACCGCCUCAAGGCUAAAUACGCCGCCGCCACUGGAGGUGCACCGCCUACGCCUCUUCCAUACAUGGACCAAGUAUGUUUGAAGACCCACACGGCACUGUGUGGGGACUACCAGAAGUCUUCCACCUCCAGGCAGUACAGCAGCUACACCACACGGAGCCUGAUGCCUCAUGAGGUCCCGUCGUCUAACAUCGCCCGCCGAGCAAGUGACCCUGUGAGACCCUCGGCCAUUGAUUAUUCCAGACAGCCACAAAUGCAGCGCUACAACAGCAUGGGCACACUGAGUGGUGGAGUGACCUUGCACCCCCAUCCGCCUCCUGCGGUAGAUAGCCGACUGCAAGGCUGCCUGAGACAGGAUGCAAGCCCCCACCGCUACCCUUACAUCCAGCGACCACCCAGCAUUUUGGAAAACGUCUCCAUGGGAAUGAUAACGGGUGACAUCCCUGAAGAAGACCUGAUCCUGUCUGACGACAGAGACACAACCAACAGAGUGUCGACAAAUCAGCAAGACCUCCAUCAUCAGGCGUACUAUCAGAGAAGGAUGGCCGCCGUGAAUCUGCCCGAUCAGGUUGUGGCCACCUCCAGCAUGAGUCCAGGGCAUCAACGGCUGAUGUGUCCAUCGGACAGUAACUUACCAGCUCAGAGGAACGACGCCGGCCAGCACUACUCCAAACUCCAGGUCCGAGGGAACCUGGCUGUCCUUCAGCAGAACCAGAACUUUGGAUCUUUUCACAACAACCUCAGCUCCAACCAGCCAACGAUUCAAACCCUCAACACAACACAGCAGAGGUGCAAACAGCCAAAUACCGAACCAGGAGCAAACUGCGUCCGGCAGCAGAGAUUCCAGCAGUCGUCGAAUCUCAACGAAGCACUUGGCUCUCACUACAGGUUCAACAACGGCAACACCACUUAUCACCCGUGUAGCAACACUACCGAUGCUAACGCUAGCGUGUUAAGCACCACCGGCAAACAGGAGCCAGUUGACAUGGAGACCACGGACGUGCACUUUGCUAGAUUUCCGCCCGUGCAAGUUAAAAUUGAAGACUGUGACGGGUCAAUUAUGAUUUCUGAUUGCAACCUGAAUCCCUUGCAAACAGGGAAUCAGCCAACACCCCCAACAGAACCUAAAUCUCUAAACGGGAACCUUUCAGGGCCAAUAGGGAUGCAGCAAACAAGACACCUGAGUGGAGUUUUCUCUGACGACAACGCCUUGUACUACACAGGGCAGAUUCAAGUAUUUGAGCCCAAUGGGAACUUGGACCGUGUUUCUCUUGUGGUGGAUGUACCUCCUUUUGAAAACUCCAGGAUUGUGGACCGUAUCACGCCGCUGGAGGAGGCGCAGAUAGACUUCGACAGCAUGCUGGACGACGGGGAUCACUCCAGCCUGAUGUCAGGGACCCUGAGUCCCGGUCUGCUCCAGAGCUUGUCCCGGAGUUCCUCUCGCUUGACGACGCCCAGGAACUCAGUGAUGUUGCCGUCGGUGCCGGCAGGGACGGGCAACAUGGCCAUCGGGGACAUGAGCUCGUUGCUGACCGCUCUGGCAGAAGAGAGCAAGUUCCUCAACUCGAUGUCGUAGCAAACGGUUUACGAACUCCU